CUAGAAAACUCAUUUAUUUUGUCUGUUAGAAACCAAGCAUUAUUUUACUUGAAGUUAGUUGCCUUUAAAUCAAUAUUUUCAAAAGUUUUUUUUUAAAUAUCCUGCAUUGUUUCUAGCUUUGUUACACUUUAUGUGACUUCAAUGAUCUAAAACCAGGAUAACAUAGAAACAAUGUCUUCAACAUUAGUGCUAUAGUAGUAAGAAAAACAGUGUAACUCUCACUCAAACUAAGUUAGAUAAAGCAUGUACAUCUUUUGGGUUCUGCUUUUGCUUUGUUUAUAGUUGUUGAAGGAAAAAUGAGUUGUGUCAUGGCUUUUCCUGCUUUCAGUGCAAGGCAUGCAACCAUUGUUUGAUGUUUUACCAACAUGAAUAUACAAUGCUCACAUUUGAUAUCAUUGAUUUUUUCAUUUUGUAUGUUGCAUGAUUUUACAUCCUUGUAAGCAUGCAUGCUGCUUUGAAGCUUUGUGAAAAAAGGUUUUUUUAAUUACCACAAUUAAUGGGAUUUGAGUUUAAGGCAACAGUAUACAAUUUGCCAUUUCUCUGAUGUAAAUUGCCAUUUAACAGCACUCUUUCAUAUCAUUGCUUUUACUUUUCAUUUAUAAUUAAAUCCAUAAUUAAUGCUAGUCUCCAAAUAUCACUCAGGCUUCAGGAGAGGAAGACUUCUCCCUGCUGACUCAGCCUCCUGUGCUGCAGUGCCCCAGCUGUCUGGUAUGAUCGUGUCGGGCUGCUCGCCGAUCCAGCUGUUGGUUCUGCGUGCGCCGCGGCUGGUGCCGGGCCGGUCGGCCGCGCUCGCGCCGCCCGCCGCCUGUCGGCCGCUGAGCUCGGGCCGCCGGCGCGCCGCCAUGGCCGCGUUCCGCUCGCAGUCGCGACCGACGCCCGGCGUCCGGGUGCCGUCCGAGCGCGCCGAGCCUGUCCACCUGGCCUCGCCGUCUGCCGAGAACCUGCUGCUCUUCUCCGAGUCGCCGACGGCCGGCUGGCUGGCGUGCCGUGGCCUGUCGGGCCCGCCGAACGACGACCCGCCCGCCAUCGUCCUCACCCCCGCCGAGCCGCCGCCGCCGGCUGAAGGAGACGCUGAGCAGGAGACGCCGAGCGAGGAGACUCCGCAGCCGCCGCAGCCGCCGCCGCUGCCGCCCCUGGUGGGCUAUCUGCAGGACACACUGCGGGGAUUGGUCACCGCCAGGAACGAGAACAAGCCGCCGCAUACACUCGAGGUACUGUCUCGUCGCGUGGUGGCGGCAUACGGCGAGCUGGCUCCCAGCGAGCACCAGCACUUCUUCCGUCUGCUGGCUGAUGAGCACAGCGUCGACCACAGCAAGGUGCUGGCCGCGGCCGCCGAGCUGGCCGGCACGCAGGGAGGAGCUCAGAUUCUGAAGAGGGAAGAGGGACUGGCCUCGCUUCUCCAGCCAGACUACGUGUGGAUAUUCAAACAGCUCGGCAGGACCGAAGGAGGGGUCAAGUUUCUGGUGGACAUGAGAGCCCAUCUGCUGCGGACGCUGACGGUGACUGACGCGUCCGACCCGUCCGUGCCCCGGCUCCGCUCGCUGGGAUCGGCCCUGAAGGACCUCAUCGCGCUCUGGUUCUCUGUGGGUUUCCUGCAGCUGGAGAGGAUUACGUGGGAGUCGCCGUGCGCUAUGCUGGAGAAGGUGUCAGAGUACGAGGCGGUGCACCCGGUCCGGAACUGGACGGACCUGAAGCGGCGCGUGGGCCCGUACCGGCGCUGUUUCGUGUUCACCCACCACGCCAUGCCCAGUGAGCCGGUGGUGGUGCUGCACACGGCACUAACACCCACCAUCUCCAGCUCCAUACAGGACAUCGUCCGCAAACCCAGGCGAUUCUCCCUGUCUGACUACCUGCACGGCGGCUCGAAUGACGCCGUUUUGAAGGAUGAGGACCCUGGUCAGAUCGCCGCCGCCAUCUUCUAUUCCAUCUCGUCCACCCAGAAAGGCCUCCAGGGUAUAGAGCUGGGUAACUACCUGAUCAAGCGCGUGGUGCGUGAGCUGGCGGCGGAGUACCCUCAGCUGAGUCAGUUCUCCAGUCUCUCGCCGAUCCCCGGCUUCAAGAGCUGGCUCACCACGGAGAUCAACAAGGCAGAGAGAGGCCAGUGCCGUCUGCUGACGGACUCUGAGCUGGCCCGGCUGGCGGAGCUCACGGAGUGCCAGGAGGGCACCAGCGGCACCAUGGCGCAGCUGCGCCGGCUGGUCACCUCCUGCUCCUGGCUGGAGGAGGGCGGAGAGCUGUGUCAGCUGCUCGAGGCGCCUCUGAUGAGACUCUGCGCCCGCUACCUCUACUCGGAGAAACGCCGCGGGUCGGCGCUGGACAGUGUCGCAAAUUUCCACCUGCGCAAUGGAGCGGUGAUGUGGCGUCUGAACUGGCGAGCUGAUCUGACCGCGCGCGGUCUCACCAACUCCUGUGGCAUCAUGGUCAACUACAGGUAUUUUCUGGAGGACACACAACAGAACAGCGAGCGUUACCUAUCCGCUCACACCAUCACCGCUUCUGAAGGGGUGCGUCAGCUGGCGGAUCGUGCGCGCGAGCUGGGUCGGACGGAUACUGUCCAGUGAGUACCUGGCCCUCCCCCUACCCAUCCCACGUCCCUGCCCCACGUCCCACGCCCCUGCCCCACGUCCCCCGCCCCCUUCCCGUCCCUUCCCGUUCGUCCCGUCCCCCGUUCCCCGCUCGGGGAGACGGUACCGGUGGCGCGACGUGUUCUGAACCUGAGCUGCCUGGCUGCGGCGGCACGCGGUCAGGACCGUAUGUGAGCGGUGCCAGUGUGCGGGGGCCGACCCCGCCUGGCACGGAGCUAGUUUUACGAGCUCCUUGGGGAGGGAGGGGUAAAGGGCUGGGAAGGGACCGCCGCUUCUGACUGCUACGAGCAUAGAGCGGUGGUGGUUUAACAAUGCAAUAUUUAUGGGAAGGGAAUUGAGUGUUACUGGUACCGCUACAUCAUGAAGGGUUAGUUGAGGUGACCGAGAUAAGUGUUAACGGGACAUGUUCCUGUCAUAUUUCUGUCAGAUCAAUUCUUGAUAGGACGAUUCAGCGUUGCGGUGGUCUUGUAACUUGCAAUGACAUUUGUCAUCGUGCAAGUACCAGUUUAAUUACUCAAAUUUCAUUUGUCUGCCAAUUAAGAUUCAACGAAUGCCGUUAGCGUGCAAUACUAUUGCUUUGUAUGUCACAGUUCUUCGAGCUUCGAUAUUUCUUGCGAGUGUUCUAACAACUAGAAAAUAUUUAUUUAAAUGCUAUAUCUCGGUGACGCAGCAAUGCGCAGGCCAUACACCCAUAUUACGCAAUAGGGGGUUUAUAUUAUGGCCGGGAGCACUAAUCUUUGCCUUAUCGGGAUCGGGACUCGUAAUAUUUACCGCAUUGCGGGGUAGCCCUCGCCUUUAUUGUAGCGACUUUCCCCAACUGUCUGGGGGCGGUACUGAUGCGUAGUCUCGCCCAAGUGCUGGUGAUAGUCUUCUAGUCGUGUCUGGUGGUGUUGUAGACUUUGUGAUGUGCCGUGCACGCCCCUGCUGGGACGAUUGUGGGAGUAGUAAUCUUGGAUUGUGGUGGGUGUUUCUUGAAUUCCCCGUAGAGUUUUUGGAAGUCCAUCAAGCCACGGCAAGAAUGUUACUGUUGACAGGUAGUUCAGAUGGGUCUUUGUUCAGGAAGUUCAGUGCAGACGUUCAGUUUACCGCUGGUAUCCUCUGCGCAGCGGCGCUACAGUCUGUGAUCGCUGGUCUAUCACCUAUGUGUGUUGGACUGUGGGAACCCCGCUUCUCGACCCUCGCGGUGGUCAUGGGGAGGGACGUUUCGGAACGAUCCGAACUCAAAAGUUUGUCUUCUGAAUGGUCUGGGCUGGCCAGCUCGUCGGAUUUGAAUGGAGUACAAAUGUUUGUCGGGAUGUUGUAAUGGUGUUUCGUCGCGAUUGUUACGGACUGGUGAAGAUCGCUUACACAAACGGAUUUUGCGUAUGUGGACUGAUUCCCGUAUUGCAAGUGACCAUGGUUUUGUACCCCUUGCUCACAAAUUUGCUUUAUCUCCGACCUGUUUGUUUUGAAUGCCGUGUUGCCUCGUUUUCAGAUUGUUUGUCCCCAUUGUUUGUAAGUGCAAUGUUAGGCACAGUCAACAGCAAUACAUAUCGGACCUCUGCGUUA